CGUGUUGGGACUUUAGUAUUUCAGCCGUGAACUUCACCUGUGAUUUGGAGGUCAGUAUACGUAGGCCUUGGUCUUGGUUUUCCUGGCACAUGGACGUCUGCAGUCCAGCAGCAGGGCAGAAGACUUAAACACAGAAGGGGAAACUGCCCUUGAGACUGCCAGCUGACUCUGACUGGCUGCCUGUGACUGAGACUUGUGAGCUUUGCCAUGGCAACCCCGGCUCUGUGAGGCUACGGUCACGGUCUGGCCUGUGCUAUGGGAACAGUUGAAAGCAGUGCAAAGAGAAAGUGUAAAAGACCAGCAGUGAUCAGUAAGGCGGGACAAACAGACGUCUGGACAGAUACAGCGGGGCCACACGAAAUGGCGGAGUUUAAAGUCCAGAUGGCGAAACACCCCCAGCAAUCGCCCCUCCGUCCACCGAGCGAGAACUCCAAGGAGCGGUCGAUGAAGAGGCUCUCCUCCGAGUCCAACGGAACCAGCGAGGGCGGGGCGGGGUCCGCCACGCCCGUGGAGCUGACGGCGCUGGAGGAGUCCUUCCGGCGCUUCGCCAUCCACGGGGACACGCGCGCCACCGGAAAGGAUCUACACGGCAAGAACUGGUCCAAGCUGUGCAAGGACUGCGGCGUCAUCGACGGGAAGUCCAUCACGCUCACCGACGUCGACAUCGUCUUCACCAAAGUCAAGAAUAAAUCCUGUCGCACCAUUACAUUUGACCAGUUCAAGGAGGCGCUUGCGGAGCUGGCCAGGAAACGAUAUAAGGACAAGACUGGAGAGGAGGCUGCGGAGGAGGUCUUCAAGCUGGUGGAGGGAAAAUCGCCCAUUAUAUCAGGAGUCACGAGAGCUGUUGCUUCACCGACCGUGUCGCGUCUGACAGACACCACCAAGUUCACCGGCUCCCAUAAGGAGCGUUUCGACGAGUCGGGGAGAGGAAAGGGCAAGGCAGGGCGCGUAGAGCUGGUGGACAAAUCCGGAUAUGUCUCUGGAUACAAGCACGCCGGUUCGUAUGAGAAGAAAGUUAAAUCCCCACAAAAGCCAAUGUGAGGACACAGGAUGGAGAGCCGUAGAUAAGCAAAACAGCCAUGAUAAUAGUUUUCUAAGAACUCAGAGAAAGCACAAAAAAAGGACCGGAUGUCAUAUUUUCACGUCAACUACCUGUUUUCUUUUAUUGGUGAGUGAGACUUUGUGAGCUUCUUUGUUCCUCUGAUGUGAGAACUGGAAUAUCAUUUACAUUUGCUCUUACAAAGACACCACUGGCCACUACAUUCCUUACAAACAGCGUAUUACUGGCAAGCGUUCAGUGAGCCACCAAGGUCCAUGAAAAAGCAGAAACAUCUGAGUUCAUUUUGAAGUGAUAUCAUCAUUUGGGGAAUUAGAAAUGUUAACAAGCUAUAAAUAACAUUAUGCCCAGUGAAAAUUGCAGAAUAAUACAAAAUACACUGUUUUUGACAGAGAAGGUUAGCUGUGUAAAGAUUGCACUUUUACUUUAUUUUUGAUAAUGGCUUUUCCUUUACAUAAAAUGAGGAAAUCUUUAACAGCUGACAUUGAAGUGCACACAAUUUAAUAUGCUUUCUACUUAUUGUUUUAUUUGUUUCUUAACGCUUGUGUUUUGCUGGUGUAGUGGAUGUAGGGUAUCUUGAGACCAAUAUUUUACUUUUUUUUCAACUGUGUGUUUCCCUUUGGGAUAGUGAAGUGUACUGUAUUUGUCAUAGAAAUUAUAAAUGUUGUCCUUUUCUAUUAUCAAACAUUCGAAGAAUGGUCCAAAUUUAAGUGUGGAUGCAUUUUUGCCCUUAAUCUACUUUACCAAUUCUGAACUUCUACAAAGAAUAAUAUCGAUUGAAUAUUCUGUUACGGAUCAAAGUGUACAUUUCUUUAAACCGUAAUCAGUGCUAAUUGGAAUGUUGUAAUUAUCUUUAUGUAAAAAAAUGUAACCCUGUUUAUGACUUAGGCUUCUCUUUUUUAUCUGCUGAACUUCAUCAUUGUUAUGUCAAUUUAUUUUGGUGCUGUAUGCUGAUUUGUGUAUAGUGGCAAUGUAGAAAUAUGUGCCCAAUUUGUAUUCCCAUUUUUAUACUCAAAUUCAGUUUCAAAUUCAUGUUUUGAGCAAACCAGCUAAACAAGUGUUUUUAUGUAUUGCAAACAGGUUAAAUAAUAACAUGAAUAUCUCCCAACAUUACACACAAUACAGAGGAUUUAUCUGGAUGGGAAAAGAGUAAAAUAAAAAUGAUGUCAAAUAAUAGUGUUUGUGUCAACACUUAGCCACAAUAUCAUACCACUGUAUGGAGAACAUACAGUAUAUAAAGUCCAUGCAGAGAGCCUAUCAUGGAGCAGAUGCUCAGAGUGAGAAAAGGGCACAUCAACCGAAUAUAUUAUUUUACCAAAGUGAAUUCAUUUUAAUUAAUGAAAGCAACAAUAAUACAAUUUUUUUUAAAUCCAAGCACAGGGGCGUAUUGAGCAUUUGGGGCAAAGGGGACAGGUGCUCAGGCACCUAUACAUAGCAACACUUCUGAGAUACCAGACUUACUGGACAACCAAACAAGGUAUAAAUCAGGGAUAAGAAAACUCACUUUCCACAUAGAAGCUCCAGCAGUUAUAGGACUAUAUUAUAUGGACUUAUAUAUUCAUAUGUACAUGAGCUGAGGUGUUUGCUUGAUUGUACUUAAUUAUCCUUUCUUGAUAUCUGAUUGGUUUAUUCCUUUAUAUACAUGUAUUGUUGGUAUAAUAUAUAGCAAGUACAAAAAUGCUUCAUAUAUUGUAGAAUUAACAAGAAACAAAACACUGACUGCUCUUACUGGUACUUCAUUUCUGUUCUACAGUAUGUGCAUCAUAUGUAUUGUAUUACAUUGUAAAUAAGUGGUCUGUAUAUGCACCUCAUGGUUUAAUGUAAGAUAAAUCUUCAGAAGAUGAUGUCUCAGUGCCAGAACAAUGUGAUGGUUUUGGAGAAUAGAACAAAUCACAUUUAUCACAUUGAAAAGGUUGCAUCUUGGUGAUUGCACCAGCCUUGCAUCAACUGUGAAGUACACUCAAAAGCAGGAUGUCACAAACUGUUACACAGAACAUAUUGGGAAGUGAAGUCCAAAGCUUGAGAUGUUGCACUUUGUUUCACAAGCUUUAGGCUCCAGCAAAAACGUUUUGUGAUGUUCUGCCUAUGAAUGCACACACGUGACUCUGAGGGCGUCUGAGAGAUCUUGAGAGGGAAUGACAUGAUGAAAAAUAUAUUUUAUCCAGCUUGUCUUGCCUGGAUUGGCUGUACCUUCUCCCAAUCUUUCCUUUUGGACAGAUCUGUCGCUGAGGCUUCUGCUUUGCUUAAUGAUUUCUCAUUUGCUAUUUCUCCUCAGAAGAUGGUCUCCAACUGUGACAUGACUAAUUAUGCACAUAAGCCGUACAUACAUAAGAAAUAGAUGUAUUUUAUUUUAAACCAAGCUUUAGGUCUUACAACUGCCACCACGAUGCAUUAUACGUGCUGCAGAAUUUACCAGCAUGUACUUUACAAUGAAACAUAUCAUGAACCUCAACGUAUUGUGAAAUCCAAAUUCAGUAAUUAAGUAGAGGAUGUUUAAAAGAAAAC